AUGGGGCUGCGCAGUGGGGGCAGGGACGGAGGAAGGGAGCAAGCAACGAAGGUGAGGGCAUGGGCAGUGGCAGGAGAGGAGGAGAAGGAUGAGAAGGUGAGGGAAUGGGCAGUGGCAGAAGGGGAAGAGAAGGACGAGAAGGAGAAGGCGGGAGGGUGUGAAUUUGUAGCAGCAGACACUGAAGGGAAGAAUGAGCAGGUGAGGGAAUGGGCAUUGGCAGAAGGGGAAGAGAAGGACGAGAAGGAGGAGGCGGGAGUGUGCGAAUUAGUAGCAGCAGGCACUGAAGGGAUGAAUGAAAAGGUGAAGGAAUGGGCAGCCACAGAAGGGGAAGGGAAGAAUGCGAGGGAGGGGACCUGGGCGUGCGUACCAGCAGCCGCGGAAGCAGAAGAGAAGGACGAGCAGGUGGGGGCAGGAGUGAGCGAAAUUGCAGCAGGAGAAGUAGAAGAGAGGGACGUAGAGGUGGGGGCAAGGCCGUGUGUACCAGCGACAGCAGAUGCGGAAGGGAAGGGCGAGAAGGGGGGAGCGGUGAAGAAAGGAGGGAAGAAGGAGCUGAGCAGUACAGACAUGGGAGGGAGUGGUUGGCAGCCAGCGCUAAGGACAGCGGAGUUGUUCGGGGAAAUCAGGGCAGGGGCAAAGACUGGCGUGACAAUGAAGGAUCGGAUGCAAGCAGAGGAGCAAGCGCAGGGAAACAAGCUGGCGGAGCAGCAUGUGAGUAAGCUGCGGGAAGGAAGGCCAGAGCUGCUGGGGGGAGCAGAGCAGGAGAGUGAGGAAGUGGGGGCAGGGGAGCCCCUAGCAACAGGGGAAAAGGCAGACCAUGCAAUGGAAGAAGCGGAGAACCGGGCGGCAUGGGAGCAAGCUAAGGCAGCGGAACACUUGGAGGAGGUGAUACCGGUAUCGGUGGAGGACCUACAUACCGUGCAGUUGAGGGAUGCGUGCAGCCGUGAGCAGUGGCAGCAGCAGGAAGGCAAGGGGAUAAGGGCGGCUAGAGAGGCAGGGGAGAAACGCAAGGAAGAAAUCAUUCUAGAAACCUCAUCCCAGCAGCAAACUCUCCCGGGAACCAACCAGCAGCAGCAGCCCAUACCCUUCCCUGCCCACCCCACCUCCUCCUCCCCAGACAAUCCCGCGUCUCCUGUGGCCAAUACUGAGCUGCCACGUGUCCAGGCUGAGCUGGAGCGGGAGCGGGCGGCAGGAAGGCUGGAUGCGUGGGGGAGGUAUCUGCUGGGAGUGGUGUUGUCGCAGAGGGGGAGAGAGGGGGAGGCGCGGGUGGUUCUGUGUGAGAGUGUGCGGGAAUACCCUUGGAACUGGGCUGCGUGGCAGCAAAUAGAGGCCCUCUGUCUCGACCACGACACCUACCUCUCGCUCCUCCCUUCCCUCCCUGCCCACUGGAUGACUCUAUUCGCCCUCUCCUCCCUCCUCCUCUCCCUCCACCGCAACUCCGAAGCCCUCUCCCUCUGCCUGCACCUCGCCUCCCCCCCUUCCUCCUCCUCCUCCGCCUCCUCCUCCUUCUCUCACUCCCUCUCUCACUCAUCGCAGCAAGCAGAGGGGGAGCAGGGGGAAAGGAGGCGAAUGGCGGAUGGGGAAGGAGGGGGAACUGCAGCAGCAGCAGCAGCAGCAGCAGCAGGGGGAGCAGGAGAGACAACAACAGGAGGAACUGGCAAAGCGGCGGGGAAAGGAGGGGGCUUUCCACAGAGCACGUGGGUGGCAGCAGCAACAGCAACGGCGCACUACAACCUGAGGGACUUUGACUCGGCAGAGGCUGUGUUCGCAGAGUUGACUGGCGUUGACCCGUACAGACUAGAGGCCAUGGACACGUUUUCAAAUAUUCUCUACGUGAAGGAGGACUUUGCUGGGCUCUCCCACCUGGCGCACCGGGUGACAAAAAUUGACAAGUACCGGCCAGAGACGUGCUGCAUCGUCGGAAACUAUUUCUCCCUAAAGGGCCGCCACGAGCGAGCCGUGGCCUACUUCCGCCGAGCCCUCCGCCUCGACCGCUGCUACCUGUCAGCGUGGACGCUGAUGGGGCACGAGUAUGUGGAGAUGAAGAACAGUGCCGGGGCGAUUCAAGCGUACAGGCGGGCGGUGGAUAUCAACCCGAGGGAUUAUAGGGCGUGGUACGGGCUCGGGCAGACGUAUGAGAUUCUCGCCAUGCCCUACUACGCCCUCUACUACUACCGUAAAGCAGCCUCCCUGCGCCCCCACGACUCACGCAUGUGGUGUGCCAUGGGGCAGUGCUACGAGGCACAGCAGCUGCAGCAGCCAGAAGCCGCCAUCCGCUGCUACCGCCGUGCCGUCGCCAGCAACGAGAGCGAGGGCCUGGCACUGCACAAGCUGUCGAAGCUGUAUGAGGGGCUGGGGCAGAUGAGGCAAGCUGCUCAUUUCUACAAGCGCAAUCUGGAUCGAAUGGACUCGGAGCAGGUGGAGGGGCCGGAGCUAGUUGAGGCGCUGCUCUUCCUGGCCACACACCACCGCUCUGAAGGAAGUCUUGCGGAGGCAGAACGAUACUCCACGCGUCUCCUCGACUUCGGUGGACCGGCGAAGGAGGAUGCCAAGGCUCUACUACGGGAGCUUCGGAGCGUGCACCAGCACGAGCAUCAGCACCGCCCGCAUGGCAUGGGGCCAUUGUCGUCCUUGGGAUUGGAGAGUGGGGCCGCGGCUGAGAAUCCCUCCUCGACUGCUCCGACUGCUGACGCCAACCACGCUGUCAAGGACGCGACGGAUCGAAACACUUCCGCUGUAGUAGAGGGAGAGGCGAAAGCAAAGGGGGGUGAAGCGGAGAGAGGAGAGGAGCGAGCAGCGGGCAUAGCUUCCUUCACCAAGUCCGAUCCUCCCAUUACCUCGGGAACACCUACAGUAAACUUGCAAGCACCCAUGGACUCUUCGCCGGCUGUGGCAGACUCGGUCCCUUCGCAGCCCGUGGAACCACCGCAACUGGCAGAGCAGUCGCUGCCACAGCCGCCGCAGCCGUCACAGGUGACGGAGUCGAGUCAGAAGUUGCCGGUGGAACCGUCGCAACCGGUAGAGCCGUCGCAACCGGUAGUGCCGUCGCAAUUGGUAGUGCCGCCGCAGCCUCUCGAAGCGCAACAGGCGGAGACCCCACAGGCGGGCCCUCCGCAGGCGGAACCGCCGCAGGCGGAGCCCAUGCAACAAGAUUCUGCGCUCCCUGCGGCUCCUGCAGGCAGUGCGGAGCAAUCUGCGCAGCAGUCCGCGGAGCUACCCGCGCAGCCAGGUGGGGAAAGCGCAGGGGCAGGAAUGGCGGAAGGGGAAGCCGCAGGCGCAGGAAUCGCCGAUGCGGAAAUGGUUGGGGGGGACGGGGGAACGCAGGCGAUGGGGAAAGCGGGAGCGGGUGACGAUAUGCGUGUGAGUGAAGCGGGCGGAGCGGAUGGUGGUGUGAUGAGCACGGAGGGGCACAUGGCCUCCGCGCAGGCGCUCAUUCCCCCCCCAGGGCACAUGGGCGCACCGGGACACAUGCCCCAAGGGGCGGACGUUGUGGGAAUGACCGUAACAGAAGGCAUCCCCAUGACCAUGCAUCCCAUGCACCAUCCCAUGCACCACACCAUGCCCCAUGGCAUGCCACAUGGCAUGCCCAAUGCCAUGCCCCAUGCCAUGCAGCACGGCAUGCCUCCAGGCUCGGUCCUCCCCUCCCAACUCAACCAGCAAGUCUCAGUUCUCCAUCCCACGCCUGUCCACCUCUCUCCCACAUCAAUGGCUAUGGGUUCCUCGGCGAAAUCCGAAGGCGCGAUCUCAGCCGUCCCUUCCCUGGACCAGCCGCUGGUGCUCAGCCGAGCCUCAGCCUUGGCGGCGCUCGGAGCUGACCCCGAGGCUUGGAGCCGCAUGUCGGCGGUUCGGCGGCGGGUGGCGGUGACAGGGCAGGUGAAGAAGGAGAUUUGCGAGCUGAAGCUGCAGCUGGGGGACGUGUCUCAAGACGAGAUGGUUGAGCAGGUGUACAGGCGGUAUGGAGUGAGGCUCAGUCGCACAACGGUCUCCAAGAUUCUCAAGGACGCGCCCAGGUGGCUCAGAGUGUCGGGCGCAGCAGCCAAGCAGAAGCGGUGCCGCAUGGCCAAGUUCCCCCAGAUGGAAGCUGCUUUGGCGCACUGGUACCGACAGGUGAGUUCAAUGCACGCCAACAUCAGUGAUGCCAUGAUAGUGGACAAGGCCAGACAGCUCUCAGUGGAGCUGAGUAUCCUCCCGGACGAGUUCAAGGUGUCGGACGGCUGGCUCUACCGCUUCAAGCGCCGCCAUGAGCUGCCCACUGCUCGCAAGCGAGCCCUCCCUGGGACUAAACCUGAAGACCAGAUGGGUGAACACGGGGGAGCACUUACCUCUUCCCAGCAAGACUCACCAACCGGGGGCAUGCAUAGCAGCAUGGGUCCGUACGGUACCAUGCUACCCUAUGGCGACCCUUCCCCCAUGCACUCAGCAGCCAUGGCUGGAGGAGCAGCAGGAGGAAGCAGCAGUCAGCACCCGAUGCUUCCACACCAGCAUCACAUGAUCCCGCAUGACCCAUCUGCCUUGGGUGCUGCUGCUGGCUCUGCUGCUGGGACUGCUGGGGCUGUUAUGGGAGGGUCCCUUGGCAUGCCGGGUAUGGCAGGAGGUUCGCUACAGGGAUUGCAAGGCAGCCGCGGAAUGGGGUCUGGUGGUGGAGGGCUUGAAGCAGGGGAGGGGAUGGAGGAUGUGAUGGAAGGGAGUGAUUCGUAUGGAGAGUCGGAGGAGGAGGAAGAUGAAGGGAUGGAGGGAGGCAGUGGAGGGGAGAGUGGGUUUGGGAUGGGUGGUGGCAGAUGGUCGGCUGGAGGGAGUGGGAUGGGGAAGAGGAUGCAGAUGGCAAUGGCAUCGGCAAUGAGUGGGUUGAGUCCUAUUGAUAUGGAGAGGUACUCUCAAGUGAAGUCUCUGUUUGCUGGAGCUCUGAAGAAACUAGAGUCAUACCCUCGGCUGUGA